AUGAGCGAAAGUUUGGGAUCGGAGAGCGUUUUUAGCUUCGGAAAACAUAAAGGGCGUACAUUCAUGUACGUCUACAACAACGACUCCAGCUAUGUGAACUGGAUAAGGUCGUUGCCCGAACCUUCCGGGAAAUUGCUCGAAUUCCUCGAUUUUGCAAAAAAAUAUGAAAUGUGCAAAAGCCCAGAAAAUAAUACUAAGGAUUCCAUGCAAAUUCAACAUAAUUCACCCAAAUGUGUCCAAACAAAUGAUCAUUCAGGUCUUUUAUCACCAAAUGCCAAUAGAGCUUCUCUAGAAUCCAAUUUUUUCUCUAAAAAUAAAGAUAUAACACCGCUUAAAUCAUAUAAUACGAAUAGUAAUUUACGAAAUAAUUUCAAUAAUAAUAGUGAUGCUGUUGUUAAUAAUUUGAAAAAUGAGUCUAAUGAUAAUUUGGAAGAAAAAACUGGUGCAGAAAUAAGUAAGAAGAGGAAAAUAGCUAAUAAUCCGACACCAGACGAUGUGACAAUUACUAGAGAUAAGGAUUUUGAGGUAGAAAAGGCACUGUUAUCACCCUCACUGAAACACAUGCUCGAUAUUUUAACAUCAGAACAAAAGAAAAGUAAUAUGGACUCUGAUGAUUGUGAUGGUGUUAAUAAUGCUGAUGGAGUAGAGAUCGAGGGUUUGUUGUCAUUGGUUUUGUAUUCUGAAGAUGAGUUUUAUUUAUCCUAUAACAGAAAUAGGGGGCAAUAUGGACAUUGGUCCUGUUACGUCCCAAAUGAAAUUACAGAAAUAAUGAACAAAAUGGGCUUGACCUCAAAUUCGAGAAUGCUGGGAAAGGAAAGAUGUGUUACGUAUAAAGCGUCUGAUUAUAGCACCGUUUUGAAGGGUCUGCGUUCAGCUAUGAGAGAUAAAAACUCAGUUGAGGCCAUCCCCAACUUUGUUCUGAGAGUUUUCCCAAGUUUCAUCCCCUUUUCACGCGAUUUUACACUUGAAGAUAAAACCAGACAAAUAAUGUCUGGAGUGCAAGAUGAAUAUACGAAGGAGAAUAUGGAUAAUUUGAGCAAGUUAAUUGGGGAAGAGUUAUGGAGCCAGUUAAUGCCUUUUCAACGCCAAGGUGUCUUUUUUGGCCUUUCUAAAAACGGUAGAAUUUUAAUAGGAGAUGAAAUGGGACUUGGAAAAACACUUCAAGCACUUGCAAUAGCAGCAUUUUACCAAAAGGACUGGCCCCUCCUAAUCAUCUGCCCAUCCUCACUAAGAUUCCAAUGGAUGGACCAGUGCCUGACAUGGCUGCCACACCUAGUAGAUGAGUACCAAAUUCUAAUGGUUAUGUCUUCAAAGCCCUUUACUGAUAGUGGUAAAAGUACUAAAAGGGAGAAAACUAUGUUUGAUUUUGAUGAUUUUGACACCUAUUAUGCCUAUAGUAACGCCAAAACUGCCAAGAGCAAGACUAAGAGUAAGAGUAUCAGUUUUGACUUGUUGGAUAUGUAUAAAGUGGUGAUAAUAUCGUAUGAUUUGAUGGUGAGAAUAAAGGAGCUGAAGGAGUUCAACGCUGUGAUAUGCGACGAAUCACAUUACUUGAAAAAUAAAAGUUCUCAGAGGUCAAAGAGGGUUGUCCCAGUGUUGAAAUCAGCCAAGAGAGCAAUUUUGCUAAGUGGAACACCAGCUUUAAACUUCCCAAGUGAGCUUUUUGAGCAGAUCGCAGCGAUAAUUCCAGGAUUUUCUAGCAGUCAUCUGUUCAUUGACAGGUACUGCAAGAAAAGAACAAACUGGUUCACUAAACGCAUUGAAUACGUAGAUUCAAAACAUACCAACGAAUUACACUUGUUUUUAAUCAGCACUGUGAUGAUAAGAAGACUUAAGAAUGAUGUGUUAACUCAGUUGCCCCCCAAAAUUAGGUCUAAAAUACCCAUUGAAAUACCCGAAAAACUCAUUAAAACCACUAAAGUAAUGCUUGAAAAGUUUCCGUCUCGUAAAGGUGGAAGUGGAUCUGGUGGUGACAAAAUAACGCUUGAAUCUGAAUUUGGUAAUUCUGGUCCUUCAGUCAAGGUGGGUCUCAGUAAGGACAGGAUAGAAAAUUAUUACAACGUUGUGAUGGAACAUUUGAGUAAUUUUAGUGAUGGAGACGAGAUAGUGGAGAAGGACUCAGAUGUUAAAAGAGCUCAUUUAUCACUGAUGUCAAAGCUGUUUCAACUCACAGGUGAGAGUAAAACUAAGGGCGUUUGUAAGUAUAUUGAGGAGAUAUUGGAAAACAACAACAAGUUUAUCAUAUUUGCACAUCACAUGUUUAUGAUGGAUGCUAUUGAAGACACUCUAAAGAGUAAGAAGGUUGGAUAUAUUCGAAUUGACGGCUCUACUAAAAUCAAUGACCGUGCCAGACUCGUAAACCUCUUCCAAAAUAAUAGUGCCUCAAAUGAAUCGAAGUCUGAUGCUAAGGCGAAUAAAGUUGAAGGUGAUGAUUCACCAAAUAACGGUGUUAGAGUGGCCUUGUUGAGUCUGACUAGUUGUGGUGUUGGGUUGAACCUGACGAGUUCGUCGACUGUUAUAUUCGCAGAGCUGUAUUGGGUUCCAGGAGUGCUUUUGCAGGCUGAGGAUCGAGUGCAUAGGAUUGGAACCAAGUUCAACAAGAUUAACAUAAACUAUUUGAUAGCCCAAAACUCAGUGGAGGAGGUCAUGUGGAAGGUCAUCAACAAAAAGUACAAAACAGUGACAUCCACAUUGGAUGGGGAAACCGGAACUCUGUCUCUUUUAACCAAUAAUAAGAAGAAAAACGGUGUACAAACUACUCUGAAUCUACAACCUAAGGAAUAA